AGUGCAGUGGCAAACGAGCAAACCAUCGCUGCUCGAACCCUCUCCCCUCCCCCCCCACUUCUUGGAAACCAGUCACUCGGAACAAGUGGCCUGUGUGCGCGUGUCAGUCAGUGGGCAAACCAACCUUCUUGCAACCCCACCACGCCCAUUGCCAACCCCAUUCCUUGCUCCUCUUUCACUUUACACACCUCCACACCCCCAACUCGUGAACAUCACUCCCCAUUCCUCCUUUUCACCCUCUCAAACACUUAAUCAUACACUUCAAUCCCUCACCUGCACCCAUUCGACAUAGAAACUAGUCAUGUCCGACUCUCAUACUUCCUCCUCAGAGACUGUCGCCACACUCAAGUUGCUGCUCAUUGGAAGUAGUGGCACAGGAAAGAGCAGCCUGCUCACGCGCUUCGUCGAUGGAGUAUUUCUUGCCCCUGAUGAGGUCUCGGCGACGAUUGGUGUCGACUUUAAAGUAAAAGUUAUUGAUGUUGAGGGCAAGAAAUACAAGCUGACCAUCUGGGAUACUGCUGGACAGGAGCGCUUCAGGACCCUCACAUCUUCCUAUUACCGCGGAGCCCAGGGUGUCAUCUUAGUGUACGAUGUCAGCAACCGCGACUCGUUCAAUGACCUCCAGACCUGGUUCAAUGAGCUCGACACAUACUGCUCGAGCAAGGAGGUUGUCCGUAUGAUUGUCGGAAACAAAGUUGACAAGGAGUCGAGCAGAGAAGUCAGCAAGCAGGAAGGACAGGACUUGGCCCGAAAACUGCAGACGUUGUUUGUGGAGUGUAGCGCCAAGACAAAGUUGGGAGUUCAGCAGGCGUUUGACGAACUAGUCCAACAGAUCAUCGACACCCCGAGUCUUUGGCAAAAACAGGCGUCCUCCAAUGUCCGUCUCCAGUCCAAUGUAGAGGCGUCGCAGGAAUACUCGGGCUGCAGCUGUUAGAAGCACUACGUCUGCAAGAGAUUGUAUUCAAACGCGAAAUAAAAAACUGCAUUUGGUUAUGAGUAAGUGAUUCGCGCCGGUGAACGGUUAACCGCGAUGAACUUUUUUUGUGAUUUUUUC